GAAAAAGAAAAACAUGAACAGAAACUGAAAGAACUCGAAGCAGCUGGUAAGUCUUGCAUCGCUUACCUAUGAUCUGAUACAAAUGCAAGCAGAAACUCAGGAGUGGACACUACGGGAUGGAAGGGGAGUGGAAGGGUGAAAGGGGACGGGGAGUGAUUUCUAUUUGAGUUCCCUGGAGUGGACAGGGUGGUAGGGGAGUGACUUCCAUUUUCUUGCAACGAACAAGGCAGGGUGUGACUGUUCUUGUUUUGUUUCUUGCAGCCAAAGCUGGUCCACAUCACCCUAGAAACUUGAUGUUGGGCAUCGUCUAUUCUGCUAAGGUACGUGCUUGCCUGUGUAUUUGCUGUUUUGCAUGGUGGCGGCUGGCCAAAAACUAAUUUGGAGUUCGCUAAUCUGUGUACAUUAUAAGUGAAGCGAGUGCCAUAGCGUUUGGACGAAGUAUCUAGUAACGGAUAAAUCAAAGACUUCUCUAAUAGAAAACCCUUCUCCCUUUUAGUUUUUAGGCAGCACUAAUUUAAUGUCUCCAUCUGCUCCAAACAAAGCAGUACGCUUACAACAAGCUGAGGAAGCUAUUGGCCGUAUCAAGGUGGGUAAUAGGGUUUAUUAUACCUAUAAAUAUAUCACUCUUGUUAAAUCUCUCUAUCUUUUAUAUUUCUGACAUUACACGCAAUAUUCUAUUGAACUUAACAACUAGUUCUAAUAUCAUUUCGUACACACACUAUUUCUUUAUGGCUAAAUUAAUUUGAUUUGAGUUGGUAAGUGUUUAAUGUGAAAACAAUUUUUCAUAUUGCUAGGUUUCAGUAAGCAUUACAGGGAAGCAAAUGAUGGUCAUAUUAAAAAAAGUUGAUAUAAAAUGGACAAGAAAAUAAAAUAAAACUAAAUCUCUGAUUUUCAGGUUCCCGAAGGAGAGGAACAGCCCUCCUCAGAUGUGGAUUUGUUUAUUUCAACUGAACGAAUUAAAAUUGUCAGCUCUGAAAACAAGGUAUACAUGGAAUCUAACGGCAGUAAACAUAAAAAAUGUUAUGUACUUGAUAGCUCUAGCAGUUCUAAGUAAGGAUCAUCUCUUAUUUGUUCUGUGCUAUGCAAAGGAAGAAACCUAAACUUAACUAUAUUUUGAGGUUGUUCAGGGCCCGGGGCAAAAGUUCCCAGGGGGAUCCUAUGAUGUCAUAAUUGUAAAACGAGAGAGCGUUGUUUACAAUACAUGUACACUUUAUUGCAUGUUAUCAGGCACUAACGUAGCUAGGAUUUAUAUUCUCAGUUAAGCAAUCUUUUAUCAAGAACAUUUAACGUGAUCUUCGUUGCUUUGGCUGCCCCUCUCUGCCUCCCUCUCGCCGAGCCCGUACAUUACUUACACAAGCGGGAAGGAAGAAACUCGUGUUUCUAUUUUUCAGCAACCGCUAACGGACCACCAUUUAAAAACGAUCUCAUUUAUCGCCGACAUUGGUAGUAUAAUUGUCGUGAUGGCGAGGCUAUCCACAGAAAGCGAGAGCAAGACAUGGACUGGAAAGAUGCCGGAUUUCAGUCCACACAAAGAGAAACAGGAGGAGAAAACGACGAAAGUUAUUUGUCAUGUUCUCGAGACUGCAGAGGUUCGUUGGAGCAAAAUCUCCUCAGUGCCAGUGUAGGUCGUUACGAUAACAGACAGCUGCGAUGUGAAAGAUAUACUACUUCCUGAAAAUUUUCAGGGAUGGAUAUACUACCUGAAAAUUUUCAGGGAUGGAUAUACUACUCCCUGAAAAAUUUCAGGGAUGGAUAUACUACUCCGUGAAUAACUUCAGGGAUGGAUAUACUACUUCAUGAAAAUUUUCAGGGAUGGACAUACUACCACCUGAAAAUUUUCAGGGAUGGAUAUACUACUCCUUGGAAAAUUUCAGGGAUUGAUAUACUACUUUAUGAAAAAUUUCAGGGAUUGAUAUACUACUCCUUGAAAAUUUUCAGGGAUGGAUAUAGUAUUCCUUGGAAAAUUUCAGGGAUUGAUAUACUACUUCAUGAAAAAUUUCAGGGAUUGAUAUAGUACUCCUUGAAAAUUUUCAGGGAUGGAUAUAGUAUUCCUUGAAAAAUCUCAGGGAUGGAUAUACUACUUCAUGAAAAAUUUCAGGGAUGGAUAUAGUACUACCUGAAAAAUUUUCAACUACUUGGAAAAUUUCAGGGAUGAAUAUACUACUUCAUGAACUAUACUACUUCAGGGGGGCGGGUGCAAUUUUUCAUGAUAAAGCAAAAAAAUAUUGGAGACAAAAUGACAGUAAUUUGAGUGAACAACAAUUAUAGUUCAAAUAACAGUCAAGCAAGUACUGCUGUAUGUUGAUGUGCGGAUGGCGCAUGUGACCGACACAACUCUGCAGCAGAGCUGGCAGAGCACCCCCCACGACCAGAUCAUGCUGGAUCCAUCCGCAGCUUUCUGUUUUCGUCGCUACCUACCCUGGCAACGACGACUGUUCGAGACUGUUCUUAUUCUCGUUAUAUCCAGCAUUAAAAUUUUACAUCGUUUUCUAGGCGCAGACUGUGGCAAAGACAGUGGGCCAGGCAUUCAACAUCGCUUACCAUGAAUUCCUGAAGUCAAACAGAUUGAACCUGGGGGAAAUUGAGGAUAUGGAGUACAAUGGAAUUCUGGAACAACAGAAAAUACUUGGAGAGGAGUUGUCAUUGUUGGCUGAUGAAACUAAAACCAAGGAGGUUUCUGAUUCAAUUAACUUUAUUUAUACCAACCUCGCAAGCCAGGGUCUUUACUUCCGCACGGUGCUUUGCUGUAGCGCAAGACCCUGGCUUGCGAGGUUGUAUUUCUAUAUAGACCCAUUGCACUGACGUCACAAAUCCUUAGAGUGUCCUCCAGAUGCUCCCUAACAAUAUCUGUUCGGGUAAAACAACCGCAUACAGCGCAAAAAUUAACCAUUUUAAUAUAAAAUUUCAGCAAAAUUUGCUUUGUUUACAAAAGUUAUAUUAAUAUGCAUAGUUGCUAAUUUGUCCUCCAGAUGCAUCGUCAUCAUCAUGUGCAAUGGGUCUAUACUGGAUAGCUGUAUUUGUCGAGUAAGAGCCAUCACCAGCCAGUGUUAAUACAGGAGGAAACCCCAACUUUAUUUAUACUAAGUAUUUAUAUUUCAUAGGUUGUUAUUCAUAAGAAAUACGGAGAGAGUUUGUUGCUAAUGAUUGUUGAGAGCGGGUGGGGUUCAAUGAUUCCGACAGUCGUGAUCGCUCAUAUGGAUAACAAAGGACCCGCUGCCAAGUCUGGCCAGUUGAAUGUCGGCAAUCAAAUACUCGCUGUGAAUGGUCAGAGUUUAGUGGGAUUGCCAUUACUGGAAUGUCAGAAUAUUAUCAAGGUCAGUGUGUAUCUGGGUGGGGCAAUCAAUAUGUUCCUUUGAUAAAAAACUUGUCUGAUAUUAAAUCUGGUUGCUAUAAGUCAUAAUAUUUAAUUUCUCUGUCCCACAGGCACAGAAAUAUGAAGAACGUGUUGCGUUUAAAGUCGUGUGCUGCCCUCCGACCGUGGAAAUAUCCAUCAACAGACCAGAUACCAAAUAUCAGCUGGGAUUUAGUGUGCAGAACGGAAUGGUAUGUUUUGAAAAAAAUAUUUGUUUCAGACCUGACACGUGAGUUCGAUUCUCGCUACGGACUCAUGUGAAAAGAAGCAGUCAACGCUGUGCCAAAGUUGUGGGUUUUCUCCGAGUGCUCCGGUUUCCUCCCACAGGGAAAGUUUACAGGGUGGGUUAGGAUGAACAUAGCUAGGAAAAUAAUAUCACAAUUGACCAUUUGCGUAAUAGACUAAAUUUUGAUCCAGACAAAAAUUUCAUCACAGCUUGAAAGAGCAUCGCAAAAUUAGUAAUAUUCUAAAGUUUCGUUGCGAAAUGUUGUAAAAUGCGAAUAAUAUAGCUUUGCGAAGUUUGCAAUUUUCAGUCAUUUUGUAUUACAAACGGGAAAUUGAUGCCCCAACACCCGAUUGCGCUGUCAAUUUCCCGUGCAUAAUACAAAAUGACUGAAAAACGGCAAACUCCGCAUGGCUAUGUUAUCCGCAUUUUACAACAUUUCGCAACGAAACUUUGGAAUAUUACUAAUUUUGUGAUGCUCUUUCAAGCUGUGAUGAACUUUUUGUCUAGACUUGUUGAGAUCAAAAUUUAGUCUAUUACGCAAAUGGUCAAUUGUUGUUAAGAUAAAUAGUCUACGGUAGGCUAAGUAGGUAAUGUAACAAAGCGUGACACUUGAUGUAAUCAGUCAUUGAAAGCCUUCUGGAGAGUGGGCUGAGUAAUGUUUAACAAAUAUAAAACAUUUUCCGUGUUGAUAUACAGUUAUAUCAACACGAGUGGAAAUUGGGAAAACGAGAAAUUGUGUGGAAACACGACGCCCGAAGGGCGGAGUGUUUUCACACAAUUUCGAGUUUUCCCAACUUCCACGAGUGUUGAUAUAACUAUAUAUCAAUACGGAAAAAAUGUUUUAUAUUUGUUUUAUAAUAUAGCAAUGUCAAAAGCCCGAAGAAUAAGAAAAAUUUCCGUGUUACAAGCGGCGGAAAAUUUCCCGUGUUGACAUGGAGUUAUAUCAACACGGCUCUUAGCCAAUCAGCGUUCAGAAUUUACAAAUGCUAUAUUAUAAAUGUAUAUAUCAGACUGACUGUCAUGUUGUCAGCCAUGUUUUUCGGUAAAUGAUCAUUUCAUUGUCUACUAGAUCUGCAGUUUAAUGCGAGGUGGGAUUGCUGAACGAGGCGGAGUGCGUGUGGGUCAUAAGAUUAUUGAAAUGAAUGGAGAAAGUGUUGUUGCUGCCUCUCAUCAUCAUAUUGUCGAUAUUUUACAGACAACUAUUGGAGAGGUAUGGAAACUUUAUUUUUACUGGAUCUCUGUCAGUUCUAAACUGUUCUUCUUAUGAUGAAUGUUACAGUCACAGGGCUACCAACUCCCCUAGUCUUGUAACCACAUACAUUUUUCUGUACGGUCACAUCUGGGAAAACUAGUUUGAAACUUAACCUACAUAUCCAGUUUGGCUCAUAGAUAUCUUAUACACACUAGAUAGUGCAUCUAAUUAUUCUGCAAUUCAAAAAUUGAAGCCGUGAUUGCAGACUCAGGAUAUUCCCAUGAAAUGAGAAGAAUCGUAUAUGUUUUCUAUUUCUUAAACAGCGAACUUAAACAUUAAGUUAAACCUAUUCCAAAUACAUGUCCAAACUAUUCAAAUGAUGAAAGUUGUUGUUGUUUUUUAAGCGUUUAUUAGCGAGUGGGCAACUCCAACAUGGCCGCCAUCUAUUCAAAUGGGAGUAACCGCUGGAAUAUUCUUGGCUUCAAUUUUACUAAGUGUAUAUAAGAUAUCUAUGGUUCGGCUAUGCCUAUAUUCCUUUCGAAUACAAUAGACACAGUGUGGAUUUUAUACAUCUAUUAGACCGAACCGGAGCAAUUGUGAAAAAUGCGACCAUAGGCCCUCUGCCAGGAAUCGAUCUUGCGGUCCUGCAAUUCCUGUGCAGCGCUCUAACCAACUGAGCUACAAAGAGACACUUGUCAAACUCUAACCACAAAUUCAUGUGUAUAUAUACUAUGAGCUGACUUAUCGUAUGUAUUCCUUCCUUCCUUGCAGUUACGAAUGAAGACAAUGCCUAUCACUCUCUACAAACUUCUCGUUGGUCUAGAGGUACCACAAUAUUUAUAAAACAACAGCGCAAGUAAGAGAGGUUUAUAUUUCAAAUUUUUAAUACGCGAUUGAAUGUUGCUAUUAAUCUCAAAAUGUUGAAAACCGAAAUGGGAACACACAACAGCUUGUUGGAACAAAUUUGUUGACGCAUGAAUCUUGUAACGAGCUGGGAACAAGUAGUGGAAACAUGACCAGACUUUUUAGAACAGCCUUGCAGCGAGCGCUUUUUUCUCGUUAACCUUGUAGCAAGUUGUGAUAAAGCAACUUUUGCAAGCCGAAACGAGAUGAAUUGACUCUGAACAAACAAAUAUAAGAAUAGAUUGAAUUAUACGAGAUUUUAUCGUCUUAGCAUUUUUACCGUGGGCAGGAUACAUCCCGAUUCAACAUGAAAUAUGUUAGCUGGAUCAUAGGGCGCCAUUUUUUGGUAUGUGUAAUAUUUGAGAUAUUCUAGGAAGAAAUUGAUUGCCUCGUCCCCAGUCGCUUUGUGUGGAUUGGAGGGGGGGAGCAUCGAUGCUACUGAUUUAUAUAUGCCGCUUGUGUGUGCUAAACAUAAGAGCCUGGGGAGGAGGCAGGAAAGUGUGAUAUAUCUUUAUAUUAAAAAACCUUAAUUAAAUUUCUCACUAUAAUAAGUGUAGUUUCCGGAAUUAGAUGAAUUCACAAUAUCGGACGACUUCCGAUGAGGUGUUUACUGUCAAGAUAUAUUGCACUUCUUCUUAGAAUGAUAGAAAUAUGACGCCAAAAUUCAUAUUGCGGGUUAAUAGUUACACUGAAUAAUCAGAUUCGAAAUGAUAUUAUUAUGACUUGAAGGCAAGUAACGCUGUGAUCAAAUAGUUUUGAGAGAUCUCAAAUUGGUAUAUAGUGAUAUUUAUAUAGAGCGUAGAAGUUGUUGUAAACAAUUAUGGACAUUCCUCUGUCCUGUAUAUGAUUAAAAAUACCUUCCCAAGUAUAUAUAAGUGUCAAACACUGAAUCAGUUCAACUAUUUAUUAAAAAUUUGUCAAACAUGCAACACGAAUGCAAUACACGAUUAAACACAGCGUACAAGACUACAACAUUUAUUAGCAUCCAAACCGAUUCAAAAAUCAUUACAAUUAUCAGUUUAAGCAAAAGCAUGACCAUGCAUUUUUACGCAAUAGUUCUAUAACACAAAUCUAAUUAUACUGUUCCAUGAAGGCCCAACGUUGAUAUUAAUUAUAUGUUGUUUAUCAGUAGCAGCAAGGUUUGUUGGUUCGCAGACCACAAUAUCUCGUUGAACUGCAAGGAUAGUAUCCUCGAGGGCAAAUACCCAAGUUGUAAUAGCAUGUGCAGCCAGGCCAAUCGCAGAACGUUUUAU